AUGACCCCCGUGGGGGCCGAGGAGGAAGAGGCGAGAGAGCAGCACGAGGAGGCAAAGGAGGCGCAACGCGACCACGAGGCGCCGCAGGGGGCAGGCGCGAACGAGAGGGCGCCGCGCCGGGCGGCCUACGCUCGCCGGGUCCUUCGCCGCGGCCGCCGGCGAGCCACGCGGCGGCUGGCGGCCAGCGCCCUCGAGGCCGCGUACGCCGAGCACGACGCGCUCGUGGGGCAGGCGGCGGCUUUCGAGUGUCGGCGCGCUUGCCUGGCCGCGAGGUUCGACGCGAGCCAGGACAGCCAGCGCCCCAUGAAGGGGAUGGGUACUCUCAGCUCCGGCGCCCACACCGGCGACAGGACGCUGACCGCGAGAUGGCGCGGGCGGGUGUCGGCGAGGGCGCGCCGCUCGUCACCAGAGCGCACUUUCGCCACGGGCGCUCCGCCACCCCAGACGGCCACUCCAGCCGAGCAACGCGACAACAUUUUCGACAACAAGAGGCAGUACGACCCCCAACAGUGGCGCCACAAGCAGCAGCGCAACGACGACGACGACCGAGAGAUGGCGCGGGCGGGGGUCGGCGAGGGCGCGCCGCUCGUGACCAGAGCGCACUUUCGCCACGUGCGCCGCGAGAGCAGGCAGCACCGCAGCGACAAGAGCGACAGCAGCCAGCACCCAACUGCGGAGCAACGCGACAACAUUUUCGACAACAAGGGGCAGUACGACCCCCAACAGUGGCGCCACAAGCAGCAGCGCAACGACGACGACGACCGAGAGAUGGUGCGGGCGGGGGUCGGCGAGGGCGCGCCGCUCGUGACCAGAGCGCACUUUCGCCACGCCGAGACUCCCCCUCGAGAGCUCUUCGGUUCGCCGGGCCGGUCACUGUCGCCGCUUCCUGCCGGACAGAGCCACUUUAGCGCCGUGUUCGGACAGGCGCCUGCGGCCGGAUGGGACUUCUCUGGGCCGUUCGCGCCGCCGCGGGAGACAGCCGAGGCCGAGGAGCAGCAACAGCCGCAGCAACCACAGCAGGGGCCGGACCCCCAGGAGCCGGAGCAGCCAGAGGCCAGCGAGGUUUGCUACAUGUGCCAGGAGCCGCUCGACGACUCGAGGGUGCAAUGGCCCGACUGCGGCCACGUCCCGCAGGCCUGCCUAGCCCGGUUUCGCCCUCUCCGCCGCGGACUCGCACACCUGCGGAACUCGGGCGGCGAUUCCAGCCGGGUAGAGGACGCAGCGUGCCCACUCUGCAACCACAGGUGGGGCGACGGCCCGAACUCUGCCGCGCGGCUCGCGGAGCUGGCGGGCCACCUUGGGCGCGGCGGGGGGCUCCCUUUCCGAGGGCGCCGCUGCCUGCCUUGCCGGGGAAUCGCAGGCGACCCGAGUUCCGACGAGGAGCGGGCCAACCGGUACCGAGGGGGGCCCCUCGUGCUGCCGGAGGGGCCGGCACCGCACGCGAUCGCCAUGUGCCCGCGCCGCCCGGAGCGACCCUUGCGAUGGCGGCACUCGCGCGGGCCAGAAGGGCUGACGGGCAGCUGGGAAUGCGCCGCCUGCGAUGUCGCCCCGCUCGGUAGCGAGGUCCCGCCGCCGCUGGGCGAGAGGCCGCCGCAGUGCCCUUGCGGCCAGCCAGGGCAAGUCGAGUGGCUUGACGGGGAGGAAGCCGCCGCUUGGCGACAGCACCCUGCCGCAGCACACUGGUGGGAGAACGCCGCGGCGUUCCUCCUAGAGCGGCCGCCCGCCGACGUGUCCGCCUUCCGCGCGGCGGGCCCCCUGCUGCCGCAGGCUUUCGGAGACGGGCUGCACGGGGACCAACUGGGGCUGCCGGCGGUGGUAGGGCUCCUUGCCGACGACAGAGGAUACGUGCAGCCGAUCGCCCAGGACAUCGUGAUGCAGAUCUUCGGGGGGGUGGACUUCAUCCGCGCUGUGGAGUCUGCCUUCCCCGACGCCGCCUGGGCGCUUCUUGACGCAGUGGACUUGGAGGCCGAACUGCGCCGGCGGGUGCCGUGCACCCGGGCGCCGCCAGCUUUCCUCCGCGGCCGCCUUCGCCAACUCUACCACACGGUCCUCGAGGAGGUCCUGCGCGCAGACGCCCUUCCUGGCGACGCCGACGGGCUGCAGAAGGUGAGGGCUUGGAAGCUCCUGGUUCUCAUCUGGCGCAUGCUGCUGCGACGGACCACGAGCACUGGGGCGCCAGGGCGGCGAGAGCUCGAAGCGCGACUGGAGCAAGCAGGAGGCCUCAGCAAGGCGCGGCAGCUCGCCUCGCGCGGGCUGGCGCCGGGCACGGCGGAGACUUUGGCCGAACUGCGGGACCCCGCCCGGCGACCGCCGAGGCCCGCCGCCGACUUGCCGCCUGCCGCCCGAGCCUUCCAGCCGGCUCGGCCCGUCGAGCUCGACCGCGGGAUCUGGGCCGACUGCGCCCGCUCCGCCCCGAAAGGGUCUUCCAGCUUGCUGAGCGGAGCCAUCUUUGAAUUGCUCAAGCUGGCCUUGGACGAAGACGAGACGCUCGAGCUGCAAGCUGCCGUGGCGGAGCGCUACGCGCGGGCCGAGAUCCCAGCGAGCGUUGCCUGCGCCGUGGGCACAGGCCGCAUGGCGGCGCUGCUGAAGGACAACGGCCGCGCGCGAGGCAUCGUUGCAGGCGACGCCUUCCGCCGGCUCGUGGGCAAGGCCCUCUCCCGGCAGCAUGGGUCCGAGAUGGACGGCGCCUGCGCGCCGUUCCAGUACGCGCUUUCGACGAGAGCGGGCACCGACAGCGCUGCCCACUUCCUCCGAGCGGCCACGGACUCCGACCCCGCGGCGACCAUCGUCAGCAUCGACGGCAUUGGGGCCUUCGACCACGCGCGCCGCGACCGCAUGAUCGAGAAGCUCCUCUCGCUGCCGGAGGCCUCCGCCAUGGUCCCAAUUUUCCUGCUCUCCUACGGCCAGCCGUCGACGUACCUCUGGACAGACGAUGCAGGAGCGGAGAGCAAGGCGACCCGCUCAUGCCGGCGCUGUACUCCCUGGCUCAGCAUGGCGCCCCGCGCAGCUUCAGCCGGGCGAGACGCUGCCUACCUGGGCGACGUCUACAUUGUCUGCAGACCAGAGCGCGCCACAGAAGCUUUCCGCGUGGUUACCGCUGCCAUGCGCGAGUGGGCAGGGAUCGAGGCGAACCUCGGCAAGUGCCGCAUGUGGAACCGAGGCGGCUUCGAACCAGCAGGGCAGUUGUCGUUGGGCACAGCCGUGUGGGUUGGCGGCGCCGGCACGCCUGAGGAGCACCGCGGCCUCAAGGCCCACGACCGCGGGCUGCAGGAGGCGCCACGCGACCUCCUCGACCUCGACCCCGCGCCAGCUGAAGCAGAGAGGCUCUUCCGAGUGAGCUCGCUGCCGCUCGGCCUCGGAGGCCUUGGACUCAAGUCAGCCGCGCGCACGGCCGAGUGCGCGUACUGGGCGUCUUGGGCGGACGCGCUCCCCAUGUUGCAAGAAAGAAAUCCCACAGCAGCAGCGGAGCUCACCGCCGCCCUCCGCGCCGGGACAGGCGUCGCAGCCUCGUGCCUCCAGGAAGCUGAGCGCGCGAGGGCUGCCGCCGCCUGCGACGGCUUUGCGACGUGCCCAACUUGGCAGGAGGUCUGGGACGGCGCGCGCCCUGAACAGACAGAGCCAGAGCCGGGCGAGUGGAAGCACGGAUGGCAGUACCACGCCUCCGCAGCCCGAGAGCGGCGCUACAGGGAGGAGGUCGUUCUCCCGAGCCUCACAGACGACCAGCAGUGGAUGCUCGACUCGCAGGGGGGCCGCUGCGGCGGACGGCACCUGGCCCUGAUCCCCUCGACGCCAGAAAGCACGUUCACGCCAGAGCGCUUCCGGGCACUGCUCCAGAGACGGAUCCGCUUGCCGCUGGGCGCCACGGCAUGCAGGUGCAACGGGCGCUCCUGCCAGGCCCACUUGGACGAGAGAGGCGACCACAGAGCAGCUUGCCCCCGCAGCGGACGCCUGCUGAAGCGCGGCGCUCCCAUCGAGCGGAUGUGGGCCCGGGUGUGCCGGGAGGCAGGAGGCCGUGUCCGCACCGACGUGUUCCUGCGCGACAUGAACCUCCGGGGCAUUGCCGCCAACGACGGGCGCCGCAUCGAGGUGGUGGCCAACGGCCUCCCUGCCUACCACGGCAGACAGCUCGCCAUCGACGCCUGCGUCGUAUCCCCGCCGAGGGCCACCGGCAGGCCGAUUGCGCAGAGGCUCCGCCCAGGACUCGCGCUGAAACGGGCGAGGCGCCGCAAGCAAACGACUUGCCCUGAGCUGGUGGGCUUGCGGCGGGGCUACCUGCUCGUAGCCGGAGCAGAGACGGGCGGCCGCUGGGACGAGGAGGCGUACAAGCUCCUCGUUACCCUGGCCCGCGCCCGGGCGAGGAGCGCGCCGGCGGCGCUGCGAGGAUCGCUUGCGACCGCGCUGCUGCGCAGGUGGAGCGGCAUGUUGGCGUACGCCAUCCACGACGCCCUGGCCGCGAGUCUGCUCGAGGACGUGCCCUCUGAAACGCUAGCGACAGACGGGGAGAAUCCCUGGCGAGGGGACGUUCUGUCGGCGCUCCCCUAA